AUGGGUAAGCGCGCUGCCGCAGCCAAUGGGAAGGCAGCGCGGGCUCGGUGCCCUGAGCCAUCGCCGGGGCUGAGCGUUGUGGUCAUGCCUGGCUCUCCCGCGCCGGACGUGGCCUUUGGCCCGGGGUCCGGGACCCGCCGGAGGCCCUGGGCAGAGCUGCUGGCAGGAAGGGCCAAGAGGCAAAAAUAUAAUCCUGAAAGGGGACAGAAGUUAAAGGCUUCAGCUGUGCACCUCCUGAGAAGUCACCAAGACUUGAAUAAUCUUUUGCUUGAGAGUGCUGGGAUUACAGGCUCUGUUCUGCAGGAUCAAGCCUCAAGGCUGGGGUUUCCAGUGGGAGUCCUGGCAGCUAGGGUGGCUGCCUCCAGCUUGGAGCAGGUCUGUGCAGCUGCGGCUGAGCCCAGGCCCUCUGUACUGCUAACCUCGGAGCAGCAGAAGAAACUGUCUUCCUUGUUAGAGGUUGCUAAGCAUUUAUUGGCACACAGUAUGUUUUCCCGUGCUGUCUUCUGUCAAGAAUUAUGGAAAGUGCAGGAUUCUUUGUUGCUUGAAGCUGUGUGGUGUCUACAUGUACAAAAUGUCGUGAGCCUGCAAGAGCUGGUGGAAAGCCACCCCAAUGUGCAGGCUCUGGGAGCCUGGCUCUUCAGGAACCUGCGUCUUCUGUGUGAGCAGAUGGAGGCCUGUGAGCACAGCGACAUCUCCAGGGCCGUGCUUUCUGAUCUUGUGAAAAUGUUUGUUCUGAGGGGAUUUCAGGAAGAUUCAGAUCUAAGAAGAACUGUGCAGCCAGAAAAGAUGCCCCAGGUCGCCCUGGAUGUGCUGCAGAGAAUGCUGAUUUUUGUCCUCAAUGCUCUGGCUGCUGGAGUCCAGGACGGGUCUUUGGAGCACACGGCGGUACGGUGCUGGGUCAGCGUGUUUGAUGGACAUACGUUUUGCGGCGUAAUGUCUACAGAUUGUCUGAAGAGGUUUUUCAGUCACACUUUGACUCAGAUACUCACUUACAACCCUGUGCUGAAAGUGUCUGACGCCGUUCAGAUGCAGAGAGAGUGGAGCUUCGCACGGACCCACCCUCUGCUGAGCACUCUGUACCGCAGGCUCUUUGUGGUGCUAAGUCCUGAGGAGUUGGUUGGCCAUUUGCAAGAAGUCUUAGAAACCCAAGAGGUCAACUGGCAGCGUGUGCUGCACUGCGUGUCUGCCCUGGUCAUCUGCUUCCCAGAAGCACAGCAACUGGUCAGCGGUUGGGUGUCCUAUCUGAUGGCUCGUGCAUUUGAGAGCUUCCACCUGGACAGCCUGGUCACUGCCUUCUUGGUUGUGCGCCAGGCUGCGCUGGAGGGCCCCUCUGCAUUCAUGUCCUAUGCAGACUGGUUCAAGGCCUCCUUUGGGACCACACGAGGCCACCACAUCUGCAGCAAGAAGGCGCUGGUCUUCCUCUUCACAUUCCUGUCAGAUCUUGUGCCCUUCGAGGGUCCCCGGUACAUGCAGGUACACAUUCUCCACCCCCCAUUGGUUCCAGACAAGUAUCGCUCUCUCCUUACUGACUAUGUCUCACUGGCCAAGACACGCCUGGCUGAUCUCAAGGUUUCUGUAGAAAACAUGGGACUCUAUGAGGACUUGUCAUCAGCUGGGGAUGUCCCAGAGCCCCACAGCCAGGCAUCCCAAGAUGUUGAAAAGGCCAUUGUGGUGUUCGAGCAUACAGGCAGAAUCCCAGUCACCGUCAUGGAGGCCAGUAUAUUCCGGAGGCCGUACUACCUGGCGCACUUUCUCCCUUCCCUGCUCACGCCUCGAGUGCUCCCAAAAGUCCCUGACUCCCGGGCAGCUUUUAUAGAGUCCCUGAAGAGAGCAGAUAAAAUCCCUCCAUCUCUGUACUCUGUCUACUGCCGGGCCUGCUCUGCUGCUGAAGAGAAGACUCCAGAAAAUGUAUCCCCAGGAAUGAGGGCAGAGCCCACCUGUGCUGAGGAGGCCCUGGGACAGCUCACAGCUGCGCUGGGAGAGCUCAGAACCUCCAUGACAGACCCCACCCGAUAUGAUGUUGUACAUGCCCAGGUGGCAGUGAUCUCUGAGAGUGUUCAUGCCGCCCUGCGGCACAGAGAGGACGGCAGCAGUUCUGAGGUGUCAAGGGUCCGGCUCAGCAUCACAGCUCCAAAACUUGAGCAGGCAGAACAGCAGGUUGUGGACCUUCUGCUGACGUCCUUCUGUCAGAACCUGAUGACAGCCUCCAGCUUUGUGCCCCCAGAGAGGCAGGGCCCCUGGGCCACCCUGUUUGUGAGGACCAUGUGUGGAUGCUCGCUGUUGCCAGCAGUGCUUGGCCGUCUCUGCCAGCUGCUCCGCCUCCAGGGCCCCAGCCUUAGUGCCUCACAUGUGCUGGGCUUAGCUGCCCUGGCUGUCCACCUGGGUGAGUCCAGGUCUGUGCUCCCAGAGGUGGAUGUGGGUCCUCCAGCCGGGGCCCUUCCCAUCCCCGACUUUGUCAACAGCCUCCUGACCUGCUGCACUCGGGAGUCCUCACUCCUCUGCCUGAAGUUUUGUACAGCAGCAAUUUCUUAUUUUCUGUGCAAGUUUUCCUCCCAGUCACAUGACAUGUUGUAUAGCUGUUUAUCUCCAGGUAUUAUAAAAAAGUUUCAGUUCCUCAUGUUCAGACUGUUCUCAGAGACCCGAGAGCCUCCCUCCUGUGAAGACACAGCUGGUGUCCCCUGGAGACCCCUGCACCCUCCUCCCGCAGAUUGGCAGAGAGCCGCCCUCUCACUGUGGGGACAAAGCACCUUUCAGGACUUGCUGAAGGAGAAGGCCUUGCACUUAACUUACAGAGACUGGUUACAGCUGGAACUGGAAGUUCAGCCUGAACUUGACACUCUCUCCGACACAGAAAGACUCGACUUCCAUCAGUGGGCGAUCCAUGGGCACUUCCUUCCUGCGCCCUCUGCCUCAGGUGGCUGUGGUGGAAACCUGGAGGUGGCAUGCACCAUUCUCGUCAACGUGCUGUUAGACUUCUGCCAAAGUUCGAGGAGUUAUGACCAUUCAGAGAAUUCUCAUUUGGUCCUCGGUGGCCGUAUAGGGAAUCGGGAUAUUCUUUCCAGGUUGCAGGACAUGGCUAUGGAGCUGGAGAUGCAGUGGGGAGGCCACUCCCCCCCGCAGGGGCACUUCCUCUUUGCGGUUUUCCGCAGCCGACUCCAGGCUCUCCCCAGCAGCUGGGAUGUGGCGGACCAGCUUCAGAGACAGCAAGAGGUUCUCAUGUGCAAACGGCUCCUCCUCUGCCUGCCCCCGUCCAUUCUCAUUGGCAGCAUCCAGGCCAAGCCAUCUACCGUGCCCACCUGUGAGGACUUCUUCCAUCUGGUCAACUCUGAGCUGAGAAAUUUCUGCUCCCGCGGAGAUGCCCUGACUCACGACAUCACCGCCCACUUCUUCAGGGGCCUCCUGGACACCUGUCUGCGGACCACAGAACCCCCCCGGGUGGCUGACCUCAUGCUGGCUGAAUGCAAGACCAGAUGCCCCUUACUACUGACGUCUGCUCUGCUGUGGUGGCCAAGGCUGGAGCCCAUGCUGCUGUGUGUGUGGAGGCGACGCUGCCAGACCCCACUUCCUUGGGAGCUACAGAGGCUGCAAGACAGCCAGCGGUUUGCCAGGAGCUUCCUCUCCCCUGAUGCAGCCUGCCCCUCACCUGAGCCAGCCUGGAUUUCGGCUGCCGCUUUGCACUUUGCGAUUCAGGGACUGAGGAGGGAGGACGUCAGGAGGCAGCUGCAGAGGCUGGACUCUGUGAGCGAGGAGCUGUUGGUUUUCCUUUUUUUCUUUUCCUUGAUGGGUCUGUUGUCAUCACACUUGUCACCAAACGCCUCUUGUCUUGGGCCCCAAGAUGCUGGUGACUCUCUGAAGGCUUUGGGUGUUUGUGCUGAGGUCCUGGAAUGUUUGGAGAAGAGGAAGAUCUCCUGGGUGGCACUCUUUCAGCUGACAGAGACUGAUGCUGGGCUGGGGCAUCUCCUGCUCCGUGUAGUCCCGGGUCAGCAUGCUAGGCUGCUUCCUGUCGCCUUCUACAGUCUCCUCUCCUAUUUCCAAGACGGUGCUGCGAUCAGGGAGGAGGUCUUCCUGCACGUUGCUGUCGACAUGUACCUGAAGCUGCUCCAGCUCUUCAUGGCUGGAGACACGAGUGCAGUCUCAACACUGGUCAGCAGAAGCCCAGAGCUGCAGGGCCAGGGCAACCCUGUAGAACUGAUAACAAAAGCUCGUCUUUUUCUGCUGCAUUUAAUACCUCAGUGUCCAAAUAAGAGCUUCUCAAACAUGACAGAGUUGCUGGCUGACCAUAAGGACUGCGACCCUGAAGUGCGUACCGCCCUCCUGAGCAGGCAGCGGGCUGUGCCUGAUGGCAACUUGGACCAGGAGCCCCACCUCUUCUGCCUGGACGCGUCACCAUGCACCAGUCUGGCUCCUUUGUAAAUAAUUUAUU